GAAAAUAUUAUGAUUGAUCAUCUUUUAAAAUUAAGGAAGUCACAACCUGAAUAUUAUUCUGAUGAUAUGAUUAAAGGUCUUAUUCAGGCUAUGCUUCUUGCGGGAACAUACACGUCAGCUCUAACGAUAGAAUGGGUGAUGUCUAAUUUAUUGAAUCAUCCAGAAGUGUUGAAUAAAGCAAAAGAAGAAUUGGAUACUCAAAUUGGAAAAGACAAAUUAAUAACUGAACAAGAUUUGUCAAAACUCCCAUAUUUACAAAACAUAAUCAAUGAGACACUUCGAUUGCACCCACCAGCUCCACUAUUAUUGCCACAGUAUUCUUCUGAGGAUUUUACUCUUGGAGGAUUCAAUGUACCAAAAGAUACUAUAAUAUUGAGUAAUGCUUGGGCCAUUCAUAGAGAUCCAAAUCUUUGGAGUGACCCUUUGAGUUUUAAGCCCGAGAGAUUUGAAAUAGAAGAGGGACUGUUAGCUUUUGUACCCCACAAACUUGUAUCUCCCAAUUUGUUAAAAACCCAGUUUUAUUCUUAA